AUGACUGGAUCCACAGGUCACAUGACUGGAUCCACAGGUCACAUGACUGGAUCCACAGGUCACAUGACUGGAUCCACAGGUCACAUGUCUGGAUCCACAGGUCACAUGACUGGAUCCAUGACUGGAUCCACAGGUCACAUGACUGGAUCCACAGGUCACAUGACUGGAUCCACAGGUCACAUGUCUGGAUCCACAGGUCACAUGACUGGAUCCACAGGUCACAUGACUGGAUCCACAGGUCACAUGACUGGAUCCACAGGUCACAUGACUGGAUCCACAGGUCACAUGUCUGGAUCCACAGGUCACAUGACUGGAUCCAUGACUGGAUCCACAGGUCACAUGACUGGAUCCACAGGUCACAUGACUGGAUCCACAGGUCACAUGUCUGGAUCCACAGGUCACAUGUCUGGAUCCACAGGUCACAUGACUGGAUCCACAGGUCACAUGACUGGAUCCACAGGUCACAUGACUGGAUCCACAGGUCACAUGACUGGAUCCACAGGUCACAUGUCUGGAUCCACAGGUCACAUGACUGGAUCCACAGGUCACAUGACUGGAUCCACAGGUCACAUGACUGGAUCCACAGGCUUCGUGUUGUUGUUGUCCUCGAGUCCAGACGCUCACUUCGUCCUUGAGCCGCAGCCUGAAGGUCUCAGCGACGGACGAAGAGUGAGAAUCCACCGGGGUCUGGUCCAGACGCAGACAUCAGUGCAAAUGUCAGCUUCUGUGUUCGCCAGAGUCCACACUACGUCAGGAAGAGACGGAACAAGAGGCGCGGUCGACCCGUUAGCAAAGACCAUGGUUGGAACGGACACUCACAGAUGGACAUGUGUUUUCCUGGUUUAG